AUGUCAACUGGUGAAGUCUCUGUGGUUGCGAUCGAUGACCCUUUCCUCAUGAAGUUCCCAGGGUGGGUUCGGGAGAAGUCCGACGAUGGCGAAUAUGCCCGCUGUCCUAAAUGUGGGAGACUCAUUAAGAUAAGUAAGAAGUCUUCCAGUGGUGUCAAGUAUCACCAAGAGUCUUGCGGGAAAAGGAAGCGCAGCGAUCCUAGCAAAACUGGGAACAAGGAGAAUCAAGCAGAAAAGGCUCGACGGAGUCUCUCAAAUAAGCCUGAGUAUCGACGCGUGGUCGAGAAGCAGCCGUUCGAGCUUUCUAUACGCAUCCAAGGCCGUCAUACGGCCAGCAAUCUUGCCGGAGAGUUAAUGAAUACGAUAACGGAGACUGGGAUCGGAGACAGGAUUUGCAGCGUGACCAGUGAUGCAGCUUCGGUCAAUAUCAAGAUGAUGAAGCUGAUUGAGCAAGAGCCUGGGACCAUUAUCCACGUAUUAUGUGUGGGGCACAAACUCCACCUAUCGGUCACUAAUGGUCUGGGUCUGUGGUCUUGCAAAACCAUCGAUGGAGAUGAGACCAGGUCCAGUCAGCAGACCGAAGAUAGCUCCUCCGACGAAGACGGGGAUCCGGACGACAUCCUCGCAGAAGCUGAGUCCGAUUCGGAUGCUGAAGAUAUAGACGAGUCUUCUGACCUCGCGUGGUCGCGGGGUGUGGAAACAACUGAUGAUAGAAGAUGUCGACAGUGGGGUGUUGCACUUCUGAAAGCUCGGGCUAACGGUCGGCUCCUACGUCAGUCCUCCGUUGCGAGCAGCCUGCUAUCUGAGUGCAUGAGAGCCGAAGGUAUUGUGAGGCAGCAAGUCUGCCCCCGGGACAUCAACAUCCGUUGGAAUAGCACCUACCGCAUGGUACAGUGGUAUGUAGAAUAUCGCCCGGUCUUCAGUCUCUUCCAAACCCGUUGUCAAGCUUUGCCGAGGUCGGACAACUUGCACAAGCAUUUCCGCAAGUUCGCGUUGACAGUUCCUGAUUUUGAGUCUCUGCAGAACUUGGCGUCAGUUUUGUGCCAUUUCGAGGAUGCCACCCGCCUGUUUUCUGGAUCGUCGUACUGUACGCUCAGUCUUAUUAGACCGGUGGUGAAGGGCCUACUCCAGAAGUGCAGCGGUGCAGCCUGCACCGUGCAGGUGGGCGCUCGCAGUUAUGCCGGAUCAAGGAUCGUGUGCAUGAGAGCUUGA